CUCCUCUCUUGAUGCGUUUGGACGAGCUGCUCGGACAGCUGAGAGCCCCUAGCUGUCAGCAGAGCUCUGGUGCUUCCUGCCGCCGGCUCUACCAGGGACCUUAUCCUCUGACAUCUGGCAGCACUUCUUUUGUUUUUGAGAUGGAGUUGUGAUCCCGUUAACAAUUUCUUGUGCUGAUUCGCUCUUAAAUACCAAAGCCUGGAGUUUUAUCCCAUAGUUAAUUUAUAUAGCAGUUACCUCAACUCCACUGGAAAUGAAUGCCAACAGUAUGCCUAAACAAGUCGAGGUGAGGAUGCACGAGAGUCACCUGGAGCCCAUUGAGGCCAGGCCUCAGUCCCGAUGUGCCAAAAUCUGCUCCAAGCUGUUUAAGAACCUUCUGCUCACACUCACCGUCCUUGGUGUGAUCUUGGGAGCUGUAUCUGGGAUGUUGCUGCGUGUGGCCUCCCCAAUACACCCAGAUAUUGUCAUGGUGAUCGCUUUUCCUGGAGAUAUCCUGAUGAGGAUGCUGAAGAUGUUGAUCCUGCCACUUAUCAUCUCCAGUUUAAUCACAGGUCUGGCCGGUUUGGAUGCCAAAUCCAGCGGUCGCCUGGGCACCAGAGCUAUGGUCUACUACAUGACCACCACCAUUAUUGCUGCUGUCCUGGGAGUCAUUCUGGUGUUAGUCAUCCACCCUGGCAACCCCAAACUGAAGGAGAAUCUGGGCCAGGGCGAGAAGAAUGAUGAUGUCUCCAGCUUGGACGCCUUCUUUGAUCUGAUCAGGAACUUGUUCCCAGAGAACCUGGUGCAGGCUUGUUUCCAACAGAUCCAGACGGUCACAAAGAAGACAGAGGUAAUAAUUGAGGAGAACGUCAAUGCCACCACCAUGGAGGGACUGGUCGCCAACAUCACCAAGGAGCCUCAGUUCAUCGUCAAGAAGUCCCUGCAGUUCAAAAGUGGCAUGAAUGUCCUGGGUCUGAUUGGUUUCUUUAUUGCAUUUGGCAUCUGCAUGGGCAAGAUGGGAGAGAAGGCCAGACUCAUGAUUGAAUUCUUCAACAUCCUCAAUGAGAUUGUGAUGAAACUUGUCAUCCUGAUCAUGUGGUACUCUCCCUUCGGUAUCGCCUGUCUGAUCUGUGGUAAGAUCAUUUCCAUCAAGGAUCUGGAGGUGGUGGGAAGGCAGUUGGGCAUGUACAUGGUGACUGUAAUCAUCGGCCUCAUCAUUCAUGGAGCAAUCUUCCUGCCCAGCAUCUAUUUCAUUAUCGUCAGGAAAAACCCCUUCACCUUCUUCCUGGGUAUCUUCCAGGCCUGGAUCACUGCGCUUGGUACAGCCUCUAGUGCUGGAACACUGCCCGUCACCUUCCGUUGUCUGGAGGAAAACUUGGGUAUUGACAAAAGAGUCACUCGUUUUGUGCUCCCAGUCGGUGCCACUAUUAACAUGGAUGGAACUGCUCUGUACGAGGCUGUGGCUGCCAUCUUCAUUGCCCAAAUGAAUGGUAUCCACCUUGACCCGGGCCAGAUUGUCACUGUCAGUCUGACAGCCACCCUGGCCAGUGUAGGAGCAGCCAGUAUUCCCAGUGCUGGCCUGGUGACUAUGCUGCUGAUCCUGACUGCUGUCGGCCUGCCAACACAAGACAUCAGUCUGCUGGUUGCUGUUGACUGGCUGCUGGAUCGAUUCAGGACCUCGGUGAACGUGGUUGGUGACUCCUACGGUGCAGGCAUCGUGUACCACAUGUCCAAGGCAGAGCUCGAUGAGCUGGAUGCACAAACGGCUAAGUCAGAUGACAUCGAAAUGAUGACGAAGACCCAGUCUUACUACGACGACAUGAAGAACCACCACGAAAACAAUUCCAACCAGUGCGUCCUAACCGCUACCGCUACAACCGCUUCCACUACUGCUAACAAUUCUGUCGUAGUUGAUGAAUGCAAGGUAACCUCAGCCACUAACGGCUCUGCUGCGGAGUGCACGCUUGUUGAGGAGGAACCAUGGAAACAUGAAUAAUGGCAGCACAGAGAUCCCCUGCUCCUGGGCUCCACAAGCUUUCCUACCUGCUGAUAAAAAAAGAGUGAAUGAAAAAAAAGUCACACGAACAGAACUACUAAUUGUUUUUUUUUUU